CCGUCGUUGCUAGGUAACAGCUCCUAUGCAUUCCUUCCCAGUCCUCUGAAUCCAAGCUAGCACCGAUGCUAUGAUAAACAGCUCCGCUUUAGGAGGAAAAGCGGGAAGUUUGAUGAGUCUGAAGCUGUUUUCUGGAAGCCAUGACAGCGAUUAAAGAUGGAGAACACACGGCGACCAUCUACGGCCUGAUUAGAGACUGCCAGUAUGUGGAGGCUAUCCAGCUUCUAAACGGCCAACUUCAGAAACACACCAAGUCCAGGGCGGCUCUGUCUCUGCUGGGUUUCUGCUAUUAUCACAUCCAGGACUUCAGCAGCGCAGCAGAGUGCUAUGAACAGCUCACCCAGCUGCACCCAGAGGUGGAGGAGUACAAGCUGUACUACGCCCAGUCCCUGUACAAAGCCGGGGCUUACCCUGAAGCCACCAAGGCCUCUUUUGUCCUGGACAACCCCAGCAGCCAAUCCAAGAUGGUGAAGCUGCAGGCUUGUAUCAAAUAUUGUGAGGAAGACUAUUCUGCAGCCAAGUCGUUGUUGGAGCAGCUACCGAAGGAAGACCCAGACUACAUCUACAACAUGGGCUGUUUGCUCUACCAGGACGGCAAAUAUGAGGAGGCCUGCAAGAAGUUCAUCACAGCCACGCAGCUGCUGGGAUUCGUUCCAGCUUUGUCCUACAACAUCGCCCUGACCCACUACAGCAUGAAGAACUACAAUCAGGCCCUCAAAUGCGUCACAGAGAUCAUCGAAAGAGGAAUAAGGGAACAUCCAGAGCUGGACGUGGGGUUAAAAACGGAAGGCAUCGACGAUCACAGCGUGGGGAACAGUCUGGUCCUGCACCAGUCUGCCCUGAUCGAAGCCUUCAACCUCAAAGCAGCCAGCAAGUAUCAGCUGAAGAACGUGAAAGCAGCUCAGGAGGCUCUGACAGACAUGCCCCCGAGAACAGAGGAGGAGCUGGACCCGGUGACUCUGCACAACCAGGCGCUGAUGAACAUGGACCUGAAGCCAUCAGAGGGCUUUGAGAAGAUGGCUUUUCUCAUGCAGCAGCCAUCUUUCCCACAAGUCACCUUUGGAAACCUGCUGCUGCUCUACUGCAAACACGAGUACUUCGACAUGGCGGCCGACGUCCUGGCAGAAAACGUUCAUCUCACCUACAAGUUCCUCUCCCCGUACCAGUACGAGUUUCUGGACGCGUUGCUGACCAGCCAGGUGGCGCCAGAGGAGGCGUUCAGGAAGUUCGAGGAGAUGAACGGAAAACUGACGGAACAGCUCCGCAAGCAGGCAAAGCAGCUUCAGGACCCCAGAUAUAUUCGAGACGAUGAGGUCAAGAGCAAAAGCGUGCAGGACUACGACCAGCUGCAGGAGAAAUACGUCGUGGUUCUCAUGGCCCAGGCCAAGAUCUACUGGAACCGGGAGAACUUCCAGAUGGUGGAGAAGAUUUUCCGCAAGUCGAUGGAGUUCUGCAACGAGGACGAAACCUGGAAGCUGAACGUGGCUCACGUGCUCUUCAUGCAGAACAAAUACAAGGAGGCCGUCAACUUCUACGAGCCCAUCGUCAAGAACCACUACGACUCGAUCCUGAACGUGUGCGCCGUGGUUCUGGCCAACCUGUGCGUCUCCUACAUCAUGAUGAGCCAAAACGAAGAGGCUGAGGAGCUGAUGAGGAAGAUCGAGAAAGAGGAGGAGCAGCUCUCCUACGAUGAUCCAGACAAAAAGGUGUUCCACCUCUGUAUCGUCAACCUGGUCAUCGGGACGUUGUAUUGUGUCAAAGGGAACUACGACUUCGGCAUCUCUCGAGUCAUAAAGAGCCUGGAUCCGUAUAAUAAAAAGCUGGGGACGGAUACUUGGUUCUACGCCAAGCGUUGUUUCCUCUCCCUGCUGGAGAACAUGUCCAAACACAUGGUCAUGCUGCGGGACGCCGUGGUGCAGGAGUGCAUUCAGUUCCUGGAGCAGUGUGAGGCUUAUGGGAAGGAGGUGCCGGCCAUCAUCGAGGAGCCUCUGGAGGAGACCCCCCUUCACAUCGGCAGGAACACCGUCACGUUCGAGGCUCGGCUGCUCAAGGCUCUGUUCUACGAGGUGAUCGGCUGGAACAAGUGAAGCCUUUUAGGGACUGACCGGAAACAUCUGUGCAGCUGUGGAUGAAGAACUCAGACUCCUUUAAAGCUUUUCAUUUAGACAAUAAAUGUUUGAGCUGUGAAAAAAACAAGCUUUUAUAAAUAAAUGGAUAUUUAUGAUAAUAAAAGGUAAGUUUUGGUAAAUUUGAAUAAAAUAAAUAUGUCAGAAAGUCA